GCCAGCAAAAGCAAGAAGCUCAUCACCGUAGGGGGUAAACAUCUUUAGAAACAUUGCUGAAAACAACAGAUUGUUCUUGGUUUUGGAACAACUAACCACAACAGUGCAAAACAGAUCAAGUAGGGUGUGAAGGCCUGUCCUCAAGGGACCCAACAGUGUGCACCACCACCACUGCCACCCUGUGGUGCUGUUUCUCUCUCUCUCUCUCUCUCUCUCUCUCUCUCUCUCUCUCUCUCUCUCUCUCUCUCUCUCUCUCUCUUCCUCUCUCUCUCUCUCUCUCCCUCUCUCUAUGAUCUCACCAUCUAGUCUUGAAUGGUCUGAUACUUGAUAAGUAGACCAAACUGGCUUCCAGUUCACAGAGAUCCGCCUGCUUCUGUCUCCCAUGUGCUGGGAUUAAAGGCCUGCAUCACCACCGUCCGGCUUUUUUUUCUUACUCCAGGGUUUAUUUGUAUCUUGUGCCUUUCCCCACUAAUAGGAUUUUCUGAGCCAGGACCCCAUCCAGGGGUGAUCAGGCAUCGAGUGCACCUGUCCCUUGGCCCCAGGGCUGGUCCUCAUUUUUCACUCAGGAGAAACUGCUUUAGCCUUGAUCUGUUGUAGGCAGGAAGGCACCGUUCCUUGGGAACAUAUGCUAAGAGCCUGACCCGGAAGGGCACUGGAAGGUGAGUGUGUGACUGUGGGCCUUCCUUCCUAUGUUGGGAACAUGUAUUUGUCAGAUGCCUAACAUCCAUGAGGCAACCAAGUCCUGGAGAUGCUUCCCAAAUAAAAUACCCAGGAUGGAAUUAAACAUAGGCUUUUCUAGAGUACACAGCUUAUGCAGAGACACCCCAUCCUCUCAACGCAAUCAUAUUAGAUGCAGAUGUAGGAAAGGGCUCCAGAAUCCCUGGAGAUCAAAUUUUGUUGGUUUCUGCCUAAAUUUAUUUUCUUAGACCCCAACGUCUUUUCUGAGGUGUAACUCAUGAAGAUCACGUGCCUUUUAGAAGUGAAAUGGGAUGAGCUGGUGUGUGUGCACACUAGAGAAGAAUUCGUGGCCAAGCUAAUGAGCGCAGUCAUCACCGUCCCUCUCUGCACACACUUGAGGGCACUUCAGCUGGAUCCUCGGAAACUGAAGGAGACACAUGGUACAGCUUUGCUAACACGGACACGGGGCUGUGUAAGAGUCACAGAAUGUGCUCAUGCUUUAUCUUUUGCACAUUUUGGUCUGUAUCUCUUCUGGUUCUUAAAAUGUUAGAACUAUGUCCACCACUAGUCCAGCAGUGCCUAUCCUGGGGAUAUAGCCAAACAAAAAGAAGUUAGCCUGAGAGGCCUCUACACUCCUGCAUGGGCUGCAGUGUGAUCACAGCAGCCAAGGAACAGAAACAGCCCCGUGUUCAUCAACUGAUCAGUGAAAAACAAACAAACAAACAAACAAAAAAAAAAACCAGUGUGUACUGUUGUCAUUUGAUAUCCUUAGAGAAUUUGCUCCAGGAGCUCUUCCCCAACCCCGCUGUUGCCAAAAUCCACAAAUGUUCAAGUCCUUGAUUCAGAAUGGCUUAGGGGUUGCAGAAGAAAUUCCACAUAUCCUCCUCUUUUGUUCCCCCCCCUCACUCCCCCUUCUUCCCUUGGCUUUUUGAUACAGGGUCUUACAUCACAGCCUGGGCUAGCCUCACACCCAGUCCUGCUUCAGCUUUCUAGUGCUGGGGCGAUAUAGCUUUGUGGUCAAUGGUAUCCAGCUGCUCCCCUGUAUUUAGUUUAUCUCUAGCUAUCUGGGAAUGCCCAACAGAAUGUAAAAGCUGUGCCAAUAGCUGUCUUUUUUGCUUGGAAAUUAGUGACAAGAAUAGUUCAUAUCUGUUCAAGACAGACAAUUCUUUGUUUUGGUUUGCUUUUGAGACAGAGUAUCAUUGGCUGUCCUGGAAUUCACUAUGUAGCCCAGGCUAGCCUCAAAUUCAUAGCGAUCCAACUGCCUUUGCCUCUGUGGGCUGAGAUUAAAGGUGUGUACCAUCACUGCGAGUUUUUUUUUGAAUAUUUUCUAUCUGAGUGUGUUUGAAUCUGAGUAUAACAAAUCCAAAUAUUAAAUACGGAUUUAACGUACCCACAGAGUGGAGCGCGGUUCUACCUAAUGCAAAAUUCUGUUAUUAUUGAGUGCAUGGAUGGAAGAGGAUACAGAGUGACAGGUGCCAGAUUUCUCACUCAAAUGUAGAGUAAUAAAAUAGAUAGAAAUUCCAGAGAGGCAGAGUAAUUGCUAGGGUCAGGUAAAGGGGCAAUACGGAGAGUUGCUGGGGGAGGAUGAAUUUGGGUUUUGCAUGUGUUUUUCAGACUCAGCAAUAGUGUGACUGUCCUCGCUGGGGUAAAGAAGUGGCCAGGCUCCUGACUAGACAGAAACACAAAUGCACACACAGACAGAGAGGUGACCCACAUCCUGAGGACACGGGUACAAGCCACUCCAAGUGCUAGCUCCCAGGCAGGAAAGGGGAAGGGCAGUUCCUCUUUCAAACAGACUGUCCAGAAGGGGAGCUUUGAGGAGCCAGUGUUGGAGAAGGGCAGCUGUGAAGGGGAGGGGUUACAGAAAGAGGAGCACAGAGUGGGAGGACACGGACAGAGAGGAGGAGGAGCUGUAGAACAGGAGGAGUCCAGGCCUUGUAGAAACCUGGAAUGAUUCACUUUGGGCUGUGACAGCUUGGCAACGGACCUGUUUGUCUCCAGCCUCUGUCUCAUAGUGUGUACGGCCAGCCGUUCUCCUUUAACAUGUCUCAGCUGCGAAAAUCCCUGGACGUGCAUUCCUGUGGGAACCGGUGUCUCUCCGUGGGUCUGGAGUCAAAAGAAUCCACUUCUCUAUUAUAUCCCACGAUGAUGAGAGAGGCUCAGGAAACAAUUGUUUUGCCAAAGGAUGCAAGCAAGAAAUGGGGCAGAUCCUGGGCUGAGCACUGAGUCCUGUGGACUUUGAUGGAUGGGAGAUGCACAAGUCUGCAGGGCCCACUGCAGCUUCAGGAAGUUUUGGUGCAAGCAUCACUCAGACCCAGGUGGGAGACAGAAAACCCAGCCAGAAUGGUACUUCAUGGAUGAGCCAGUGAGGUAAGGGUGAAGACCAACAGAACCUAGGGCCAACCCUGGAGUUAGGAGGAGCUGGGCCUGGUACCAUGUACUUGAAAUACCAGCACUCAGGAGACUGAGGCAGGAGGACCAUGAGUGAGUUUAAGGCCAACCCAGGCUAUGAAACAAAACCUUGAACUGUAUCACUCAAGCAAAAGAAGAUCCCACUUUGCCAGCAGGCCCUGGAGGUAGUCAGGGAGCUCGAUAGUUUCCUGUGUCCUUCCAUGCAUGCCCUGGGUGGGCGUGAGGCAUGCAUGCUUCCACAUAAGCUGAUGUCUCCAUACCCACACACUCGUGAACUAACAGCUGCGCAGACACUUACACUCACACAUCACACACUCCCACCCAUAAGAGCCCGUGUGCGUGCAUCAGCCAUAGCUUUUCAGGGUCUUGCUCCUGGACCUGGUGUCUUCCAUUUCUCUUUCCUCAUGGAGAUUAGGUGCUUUCUCCUUUGAAAUUCGAAUGCUAAAGCCCCUCCCCUGUGGCACUCGUGUUAGGGGUGGGGCUUUUGGGGGUCUGGAAGCCAUGAAAAGGGAAACUUGUGAGAAGAAUGAAUGUACCUACACAGGAACCCUGAGAGUCCUCUUACCCUCUCUGUCAGGUGAGGAUUGGGAAUACUAUCAGAAGAGAACCCUUACCACAGGCUCAGAGUACAGGCAAGGACACAGAACACUGGCCUUGGCUCCAGAAUAGGGGCCAGAGUAGAGGGGUGAAGUAGCUCCCAGCCUGGGUCCCACAGAACUGGCAAGUGGGGGGCAGCUAUAGAGUGUGUGGGCCACAGAAGACAAGCCUUGGCAUUUCGCCUUGAUUCCCCAUGUCCUUAAGAGGGGCUGGCAGGAAGAACUUAUGCCUUCCUCAAUACUGUCUCCUAAGGGUUCGGAAAGACCAAGGAUCCCAUCAGCUACCCCCAACCCUAGGCUGCCAGCUCAUCUUCUCCCUGGGCAGAAUCGACUCCAAGUUUGGGGGAAUGGGCAGUCCUGAUGGGACACAAAGCAGCAGGUACUUCCAAAGUCCACAGUGGAAGAAUGAACAGCCCUGCCCGGGCAUAAGACAGUGCUCAGCUCAAUCCCGGCUUCAGAUCCCAUGGCCCUGGCUAGGUUGGUUCUUAUUAGGGUUCCACUCUCAUUCAAGGCCACCACACACAGACCCAAGCCAGCCCGAGCACGGCAUGGGGAACAAGGUUGCCUGGGUUCUAGGUAUGGACAGGGCAGAGUGGGUGAGUCAGGGACCAGUGUAUGGCUAAUGGCCACCCUGUUAUACUACUGGGUCCUAGAUAGGCCAGGUGGGGAGGACAAUGUGCACACAGUAAAAGGAAAUAAACUACUCCCGGGUCUUUGGGUUGAUUUGUGUCCCCUUGGGCCGAUUCUAGACCCCUGUGUAGUCUUGUGAUCCCUUAAAUGUUGACCUGGUUCUGUGUGGUGGGCCUGGGUCCCCUUCAUGGUCAGUGUCAAGUUUUGUCCUCAGGACUGCUCACUGGACCCUCUUGACACCAUUCUGGGACCCUAUGCUCGGUCCCCCACCACACUCCAGGAUGCUGGUCCGAGGAAAGCUAGACCAACUCCUGCUGCCCACAUCACAGUGGGAGGACACAGGCAUCUCCCUGCCCCUGACCACCUGCCCUUUGCCUCCUUGGGACUGAGGGUGAAACUGAAUCCUGGACUGUGACACCAGGGGCUAUUUUGGAGCUAGGCUGGGCUGGGCUGACCAGAAAUGGGGGUGGGGCAGGGGCGGGCCCAGCCCUCUUCAGCUGACAGCAUUUGCCUGUCCUUUCGUCCCUGUCCAGUCUGAGGACCGGCUGGAGUGUGGGCUGCUGGGUGGGAACCACGUCGGCCUGGGCCCCAGGAAGGAGGCAAGACCCAGCAGCCCCUAACUCACCAUCUGUGCCCCUUGCCUGGGCGCUGCCCCAACCUCUGGACGCUGCCCCCAGCCCAGGCACACACAGACCCCCGGCCCUGUUGCUAUCAUGGACCACUCCUUCAGCGGAGCGCCUCGUUUCCUGACACGGCCAAAGGCUUUUGUGGUAUCUGUGGGCAAGGAUGCCACGCUGAGCUGCCAGAUCGUGGGUAACCCCACGCCACAUGUGAGCUGGGAGAAGGACCGGCAGCCAGUGGAGGCAGGAGCACGCUUCCGCCUGGCCCAGGACGGGGAUGUAUACCGCCUCACCAUUUUGGAUCUGGCACUCGGUGACAGUGGGCAGUAUGUAUGUCGCGCGAGGAACGCUAUAGGGGAGGCCUUUGCAGCCGUAGGCCUGCGUGUAGACUCGGAGGGCACGUGCGCUGAGCAGGCGCCCCACUUUCUGCUGCGGCCCACCUCCAUUCGCGUGCGCGAGGGCGCAGACGCUACCUUCCGAUGUCGCGUGGGCGGCUCACCACAACCUGCCGUGAGCUGGUCCAAAGAUGGGCGGCGCCUGGGACCACCCGAUGCCCCCCAUGUGCGCGUGGAAGAUCACGGAGAGGCCAGCGCGCUUCGCAUCCGGUCGGCGCGGCCUCGCGACGGUGGCACCUAUGAAGUCCGAGCAGAGAACCCACUGGGUUCCGCCAGCGCUGCCGCUGCGCUCGUGGUGGACUCAGACGCUGAGGCUGCAGGACCACCCGGAACCUCCACCGCCUCGCUCCUGGCGCAUCUGCAGCAGCGGCGCGAGGCCAUGCGCGCUGAGGGCGUCCCUCCCUCCCCACCUGGCGCCGGCACACGCACCUGCACGGUGACCGAAGGCAAACACGCUCGCCUCAGUUGCUUUGUGACCGGCGAGCCCAAGCCCGAGACAGUGUGGAAGAAAGACGGGCAGCUGGUGACCGAGGGCCGGCGACACGUGGUGUAUGAGGAUGAGCAAGAGAACUUCGUCCUUAAGAUUCUUUUCUGCAAGCAGUCGGACCGUGGCCUCUACACCUGCACAGCCUCCAACCUCGUGGGCCAGACCUACAGCUCGGUGCUGGUGGUCGUGCGAGAACCGGCGGUGCCCUUCAAGAAGCGACUGCAGGACCUGGAGGUGAGAGAGAAAGAGUCUGCCACAUUCCAGUGUGAGGUGGCGCUGCCGGCCACCGAGGCGGCGUGGUUCAAGGAGGAGACGCGGCUGUGGGCCAGCGCCAAGUACCGCAUCGAGGAGGAGGGCACCGAGCGCCGGCUGACCGUGCGCGACGUCUCCGCAGACGACGAUGCGGUGUACAUUUGCGAGACCACAGAGGGCAGCCGCACCGUGGCAGAGCUCUCGGUCCAAGGGAACUUGACCAGAAAGCUGCCUCGGAAGACUGUAGUGCGCACUGGAGACACAGCCAUCUUCUGGGUAGAGCUAGAUGUCCCCGAGGGUCCUGUCCGGUGGCUAAGGAACCAGGAGGAGAUGGUGGCAGGGGGCCGGGUAGCCAUCACCGCAGAAGGCACGUGCCACACAUUGACCAUCUUCCAGUGCACCUUGGAGGAUAUGGGUGAGGUGGCCUUUGUGGCUGGUGGCUGCCGAACGACCACCCAGUUCUGCGUAUCAGCACCCAGGAGGCCUCCCCUGUACCCCCCUGCUGAUCCUGUGGUAAAGGCCAAGACAGAGAGUUCUGUGACCCUUAGCUGGUCCCCACCACCCUGUGGGGAGCGCCCUGUCACCAUUGAUGGUUAUGUGGUGGAGAAAAGGAAGCUUGGUGCUUAUGCCUGGAGCCGGUGUCAUGAAGCGGAAUGGCUGGUCACAACUGAGUUUACUGUCGCUGGUGUGGCUGAUGAGGGGGACUUCCAGUUCCGUGUGUCAGCUGUCAACCACUUUGGCCAGAGUCCUUACCUUGAGUUUCCAGGGACGAUCCACUUGGUCCCCGGGCUGGCAGUAAAGACACCUCUGAAGGCGGUGGAGGCAGUGGAGGGAGGUGAGGUCACCUUCUCUGUGGACCUCACGGUGGCCUCUGAGGGCGAGUGGUUCCUGGAUGGGGAGCCCUUGAAAGCCAGCAGUGUAUACGUGAUCCGCUGUGACCGUACCCGGCAUACGCUCACCAUCAGAGAGGUUCCUGCCAGAUUGCAUGGGGCACAGCUGAAGUUUGUGGCUGAUGGUAUUGAAACCAGCAUCCAGAUGGUGGUCCGAGCAGCUCUGGGGCUAGCCAGCAACAAGCUUCCUGAUGUGGCUGCCCGAGAGGUGCUGGCCCGGUUGCACGAGGAGGCACAGCUGCUGGCUGAGCUGUCGGAUCAGGCUGCAGCUGUGACAUGGCUGAAGGAUGGCCGUGAGCUGCCCCUAGGACCCAAGUAUGAGAUGCAGGUGUCAGCUGGGAGGCGAGCCUUGCUGGUGCGGGAUGUGGUGCAGGAUGAUGCUGGCCUCUAUGAGUGUGUUAGUCGUGGGAGCCGCAUUGCCUACCAGCUGUUGGUGCAAGAGGCCAAGGUCGUGUUUGCCAAGAAGCAGCAGGCUCUCAGCGAGGUGAAGACAGAGGCAGGCGCCAGCGCCACACUGAGCUGCGAGGUGGACCAGGCCCAGACUGAGGUGACCUGGUUCAAGGACGGGAAGAAGCUGACCUCCAGCUCAAAGGUUCGAGUUGAGACCUCGGGCUGCGAGAGGAGGCUGGUGGUGCAGCAGGCUGGCAAGGCGGAUGCUGGGGAUUACAGCUGUGAGGCCGGGGGACAGAAGGUCUCCUUCCAUCUGGAUGUCACAGAGCCCAAGGUGGUGUUCGCUAAGGAGCAGCAGGUUUACAGUGAGGUGAAAACAGAGGCAGGCGCCAAUGCUACACUGAGCUGCAAAGUGGCCCAGGCCCAGACUGAGGUGACCUGGUUCAAGGAGGGGAAGAAGCUGAGCUCUGGCUCGAAGGUUCGAGUGGAGGCCUCGGGUUGCGAGAGGAGGCUGGUGGUGCAGCAGGCAGGCAAGGCGGAUGCUGGGGAGUACAGCUGCGAGGCCGGGGGACAGAAGGUCUCCUUCCGUCUGGAUGUCACAGAGCCCAAGGUGGUGUUCGCCAAGGAGCAGCAGGCUCGCAGCCAGGUGAAGACAGAGGCAGGCGCCAGUGCCACACUGAGCUGCAAAGUGGCCCAGGCCCAGACUGAGGUGACCUGGUUCAAGGACGGGAAGAAGCUGAGCUCUGGCUCAAAGGUUCGAGUGGAGGUCUCAGGCUGCGAGAGGAGGCUGGUGGUGCAGGAGGCAGGCCAGGCAGAUGCUGGGGAGUACAUCUGUGAGGCCGGGGGACAGAAGGUCUCCUUCCGUCUGGACGUCACAGAGCCCAAGGUGGUGUUCGCCAAGGAGCAGCAGGCUCGCAGCGAGGUGAAGACAGAGGCAGGAGCCAGUGCCACACUGAGCUGCAUGGUGGCCCAGGCCCAGACUGAGGUGACCUGGUUCAAGGAGGGGAAGAAGCUGAGCUCUGGCUCAAAGGUUCGAGUGGAGGCCUCAGGCUGCGAGAGGAGGCUGGUGGUGCAGCAGGCUGGCAAGGCGGAUGCUGGUGAGUACAGCUGCGAGGCCGGGGGACAGAAGGUCUCCUUCCGUCUGGACUUCACAGAGCCCAAGUUGGUAUUUGCCAAGGAGCAGCAGGCUCGCAGCGAGGUGAAGGCAGAGGCAGGCGCCAGUGCCACAUUGAGCUGCACGGUGGCCCAGGCCCAGACUGAGGUGACCUGGUUCAAGGAUGGGAAGAAGCUGAGCUCUGGCUCCAAGGUUCGAGUGGAGGCCUCGGGCUGCGAGAGGAGGCUGGUGGUGCAGCAGGCGGGCAAGGCGGAUGCUGGGGAGUACAGCUGUGAGGCCGGGGGACAGAAGGUCUCCUUCCGUCUGGAUGUCACAGAGCCCAAGGUGGUGUUCGCCAAGGAGCAGCAGGCACGCAGCGAGGUGAAGGCAGAGGCAGGCGCCAGUGCCACACUGAGCUGCACAGUGGCCCAGGCCCAGACUGAGGUGACCUGGUUCAAGGACGGGAAGAAGCUGAGCUCUGGCUCCAAGGUUCGAGUGGAGGCCUCGGGCUGUGAGAGGAGGCUGGUGGUGCAGCAGGCGGGCAAGGCGGAUGCUGGGGAGUACAGCUGCGAGGCCGGGGGACAGAAGGUCUCCUUCUGUCUGGACGUCACAGAGCCCAAAGUGGUUUUCGCCAAGGAGCAGCAGACACACAGUGAGGUGAAGGCUGAGGCAGGCGCCAGUACUACGCUGAGCUGCAAGGUGGCCCAGGCCCAGACUGAAGUGACCUGGUUCAAGGACGGGAAGAAGCUGAGCUCUGGCUCGAAGGUUCGAGUGGAGGCCUCGGGCUGCGAGAGGAGGCUGGUGGUGCAGCAGGCGGGCAAGGCGGAUGCUGGGGAGUACAGCUGCGAGGCCGGGGGACAGAAGGUCUCCUUCCGCCUGGAUGUGCCAGAGCCUAAGGUAGUGUUUGCCAAGGAGCAGCAGGCUCGCAGUGAGGUGAAGGCAGAGGCAGGCAACAGUGCCACACUGAGCUGCACGCUGGACCAUGCCCAGACUGAGGUGACCUGGUUCAAGGAUGGGAAGAAGCUGAGCUCCAGCUCGAAGGUCCGAGUGGAGGCCUCAGGCUGCGAGAGGAGGCUGGUGGUGCAGCAGGCAGGCAAGGCGGAUGCUGGGGAGUACAGCUGUGAGGCCGGGGGACAGAAGGUCUCCUUCCUUCUGGAUGUCACAGAGCCCAAGGUGGUGUUUGCCAAGGAGCAGCAGACUCAUAGCGAGGUGAAGACAGAGGCAGGCGCCAAUGCCACAUUGAACUGCACGGUGGACCAGGCCCAGACUGAGGUGACCUGGUUCAAGGACGGGAAGAAGCUGAGCUCCAGCUCGAAGGUUCGAGUGGAGGCCUCGGGCUGCGAGAGGAGGCUGGUGGUGCAGCAGGCUGGCAAGGCGGAUGCUGGGGAGUACAGCUGUGAGGCCGGGGGACAGAAGGUCUCCUUCCGUCUGGCCGUCACAGAACCCAAGUUGGUGUUCGCCAAGGAACAGCAAACUCGCAGUGAGGUGAAGGCCGAGGCAGGGGCCAGUGCCACUCUGAGCUGCACAGUGGACCAGGCCCAGACUGAGGUGACCUGGUACAAGGACGGGAAGAAGCUGAGCUCCAGCUCUAAGGUCCGAGUGGAGGCCUCGGGCUGCGAAAGGAGGCUGUUGGUGCAGCAGGCGGGCAAGGUAGAUGCUGGGGAGUACAGCUGUGAGGCCGGGGGACAGAAGGUCUCCUUCCGUUUGGACGUCACAGAGCCCAAGGUGGUGUUCUCCAAGGAGCAACAGGCUCUCAGCGAGGUGAAGACAGAGGCAGGUGCCAGUGCCACACUGAGCUGCAAAGUGGCCCAGGUCCAGACUGAGGUGACCUGGUUCAAGGACGGGAAGAAGCUGAGCUCUGGCUCGAAGGUUCGAAUGGAGGCCUCGGGCUGUGAGAGGAGGCUGGUGGUGCAGCAGGCGGGCAAGGCGGAUGCUGGGGAGUACAGCUGCGAGGCUGGGGGACAGAAGGUCUCCUUCCGUCUGGACGUCACAGAGCCCAAGGUGGUGUUUGCCAAGGAGCAGCAGGCUCGCAGCGAGGUGAAGGCAGAGGCAGGGGCCAGUGCCACACUGAACUGCACGAUGGCCCAGGCCCAGACUGAGGUGACCUGGUUCAAGGACGGGAAGAAGCUGAGCUCCAGCUCGAAGGUCCGAGUGGAGGCCUCGGGCUGCGAGAGGAGGCUGGUGGUGCAGCAGGCGGGCAAGGCGGAUGCUGGGGAGUACAGCUGCGAGGUCGGGGGACAGAAGGUCUCCUUCCGUCUGGACGUCACAGAGCCCAAGGUUGUGUUUGCCAAGGAACAGCAAACUCGCAGCGAGGUGAAGGCAGAAGCAGGGGCCAGUGCCACACUGAGCUGCACGGUAGACCAGGCCCAGACUGAGGUGACCUGGUUCAGGGACGGGAAGAAGCUGAGCUCCAGCUCGAAGGUCCGAGUGGAGGCCUCGGGCUGCGAGAGGUGGCUGGUGGUGCAGCAGGCUGGCCAGGCGGAUGCUGGGGAGUACAGCUGCGAGGCCGCGGGACAGAAGGUCUCCUUCCGUCUGGACGUCACAGACACCAAGGUGGUGUUUGCCAAGGAGCAGCAGGCUCGCAGCGAGGUGAAGACAGAGGCAGGGGCCAGUGCCACACUGAGCUGCACGGUGGCCCAGGCCCAGACUGAGGUGACCUGGUUCAAGGACGGGAAGAAGCUGAGCUCCAGCUCGAAGGUUCGAGUGGAGGCCUCGGGCUGCGAGAGGAGGCUGGUGGUGCAGCAGGCGGGCAAGGCUGAUGCUGGGGAGUACAGCUGCGAGGCCGGGGGACAGAAGGUCUCCUUCCGUCUGGACGUCACAGAACCAGAGCCCGAGUCCCAGAUUCCAGAGAGACCCAGCCGCAGGGAGCCUCUGGUGGUCAAGGAGCACGAGAACAUCGUCCUGACUGCCACUCUGGCGGCACCCUCUGUGGCUGCUGUGACCUGGCUCAAAGACGGUGUGGAGAUUCGCCGCAGUAAGCGCCAUGAGAUCACCAGCGAGGGUGACACCCACACCCUGACCGUGAGAGGUGCACAGGUGCUGGACAGUGCCAUCUACAGCUGCCGUGUUGGCAAGGAAGGCCAGGACUUUCCGGUGCAGGUGGAAGAGGUGGCCACCAAGUUCUCCAAACCCUUGGAGCCCGUUGAAGGGGAUUUGGGUGGCACUGUGAAGCUGGUCUGUGAGCUGACCCCAGACCAGGCCGAGGUCGUGUGGCGCUGUGGGAGCACACAGCUGCGGCAGGGCAAGCGCUUCCAGAUGACAUCGGAGGGGCCUAGGCACACCCUGACUGUGUCUGGCCUCCGAGAGGAGGACGCAGGGGAGUACGUGUGUGAGAGCCGUGAUGACCGAACCAGCGCACGGCUCACUGUCAAAGUUCCCCGAGUGGUCAAGUUUACAUCUGGAUUGAGCACCGUGGUUGCAGAGGAGGGCCAAGAGGCCACCUUUCAGUGUGUUGUGUCCCCCAGCGAUGCGGCAGUCGUGUGGUACAAGGAUGGCACCCAGCUGCUGCCCAGCGAGAAGUUUGUUAUGGCACAGAGUGCGGCCACCUGUAGUUUGACCAUCUUGGGCCUGACCCUGGAGGACGCUGGCCAUGUCACAGUGGAGGCUGAGGGUGCCUCAUCUUCUGCCACUCUCCGGGUCCGAGAGGCACCGGUCCUCUUCAAAAAGAAACUCGAGCCGCAGACUGUGGAGGAGAAGAGCUCCGUGACGCUGGAGGUGGAGCUGACGCGCCCCUGGCCUGAGGUGAAGUGGACACGGAUCGCUGCCGUCCUGGCACCCAGCGAGAACAUGGAAAUCCAUGCGGAGGGAGCUCGGCACCGCCUGGUGCUGCGCAGCGUGAGCUUCACUGACCGUGGCUUCUAUGGCUGUGAGACACCAGAUGACAAGACCCAGGCCAAGCUCAACGUGGAAAUGCGGCAGGUCCGGCUGGUUCGAGGUUUGCAGCCCGUGGAGGCUAAGGAACGGGGCACGGCUUCCAUGGAUGUGGAGUUGUCUCAUGCUGAUGUGGAGGGCAGCUGGACUCGAGAUGGUCUGCGGCUUCAGCCUGGGCCCUCAUGCCACCUGGCCGUACAGGGCCCUGUCCACAUCCUCACACUCUCAGCACUGAGGCCACAGGACAGCGGGUUGGUGGCCUUCAGGGCUGAGGGCGUGCACACGUCUGCACAGCUGAUAGUCACAGAGCUGCCAGUGAGCUUCACCCGGCUACUGCAGGACGUGGUGGCCACCCAAAAAGAGAAGGUGACCCUGGAGUGUGAGUUGUCACGGCCUGUGGAUGUGCGCUGGCUGAAGGAUGGUGUGGAGCUGCGGGCAGGCAAGACUGUGGGCAUAGUGGCCCAGGGAGCCUGCAGGAGUCUCAUUAUUUACCGGUGUGAGAUCGGGGACCAGGGUGUCUAUGUGUGUGACUCUCUUGAUGCUCAGACCUCAGCCUCUCUGAAGGUGCAGGGCCGCAGUGUUCAGAUUACGAAGCCACUGGAGGAUGUGGAGGUGAUGGAGAAAGAGGGUGCCACCUUCUCCUGUGAGGUGUCCCAUGAUGAGGUUCCUGGACUAUGGUUCCGAGAAUCCAGCAAGCUACGGCCCAGUGACAAUGUGCGCAUCCGGCAAGAAGGGAGGACGUACACUCUUAUCUUCCGGAGGGUACUGGCCGAAGAUGCAGGGGAGAUCAAAUUUGUAGCUGAAAAUGCAGAAUCGAGAGCCCACCUCCGAGUCAAAGAGCUACCUGUGACCCUCCUGCGCCCAUUGAGGGACAAGAUUGCCAUGGAAAAACACCGUGGUGUGCUUGAGUGCCAAGUGUCCCGGGCCAGUGCCCAGGUGCGAUGGUUUAAGGGCAGAGUCGAGCUGCAGUCUGGGUCCAAGUAUGAGUUGGUCAGCGACGGCCUUUACCGUAAGCUGGUCAUCAAUGACGUGCAGCCUGAGGACGAAGAUACCUAUACCUGUGAUGCCGGUGAUGUCAAGACCAGUGCCCAGUUCUUCGUGGAAGAGCAAUCCAUCACCAUUGUGCGAGGCCUGCAGGACGUGACCGUUAUGGAGCCUGCCCCAGCUUGGUUUGAAUGUGAGACCUCCAUCCCUUCUGUGAGGCCACCCAAGUGGCUCCUUGGUAAGACUGUCCUCCAGGCGGGGGGCAACGUGGGCCUGGAGCAAGACGGCACGGUGCACCGGCUGACACUGCACAAGACCUGCUCCACCAUGACCGGGCCUGUGCACUUCACCAUCGGCAAGUCCCGCUCCUCGGCCCAGCUGGUUGUCUCAGACAUUCCCAUGGUAUUGGCACGGCCACUGGAACCCAAAGCAGGGCGUGAGCUGCAGUCGGUAGUCCUGUCUUGUGACUUCAGGCCGGCCCCCAAGGCUGUGCAGUGGUACAAGGGGGACACGCCUCUGGCCCCGUCAGAAAAGUUCAAGAUGGUGCUGGAGGGCCAGAUGGCAGAGCUGCGUAUACUCCGGCUCACUCCAGAGGAUGCUGGGCUCUAUCGGUGCCAGGCGGGUAAUGCCCAGAGCAGUGCCGAGGUUACUGUGGAAGCUCGGGAGGUGAAGGUGACUCAGCCUCUGAAGGAUGUUGAAGCCACGGAGGAAGGCCGGGCCUGCUUCUCGUGUGAGCUGUCCCAUAAGGAUGAGGACAUCGAAUGGUCACUCAAUGGGAUUCCCCUGUACAACGACAGCUUCCACGAGAUCAGCCACGAGGGCUGUCUCCACACACUGGUGCUAAAGAGUGUCCGUCAGGCCGACGCAGGCACUGUGCGUGCCACCUCCCCCAAGGUGUCAGUUUCUGCCCGGCUAGUGGUCAGAGCAAAGCCGGUGGUGUUCCUGAAAGCACUGGAUGACUUAUCUGUAGAAGAGCGUGGCACGCUGGCCCUGCACUGCGAGGUCUCAGACCCUGAGGCACGUGUGGUCUGGCGCAAAGAUGGCGUGGAGCUGGGUCCCAGUGACAAGUAUGACUUCCUACACAAGGCAGGCUCUCGGGGCCUUACAGUGCAUGACCUGAGCCAUGAGGAUGCUGGACUGUACACUUGCCACGUGGGCAGUGUGGAGACCCAGUCCAGGGUCAGUGUGCAUGAUCUGCACGUGGGCAUCACCAAGAGGCUAAAGACAGUGGAGGUGCUGGAGGGGGAGAGCUGCAGCUUUGAGUGUGUCCUGUCCCACGAGAGUGAGAGUGACCCAGCAGUGUGGACCUUCGGCGGGAAGACAGUGGGUAGUUCUGGCCGCUUUUGGACCACUCGCCAGGGCCGCAAAUACACUCUGAUGGUCAAAGAUGCUGCGCUCAGUGAUGCAGGGGAGGUGGUCUUCUCGGUGAUGAGCCUCACGUCCAAGGCCUCGCUCAUCGUCAGAGAAAGGCCAGUGGAGAUUACAAAGCCCUUGGAGGACCAGCGGACAACGCUUGGAGAACACGCUACACUGAGCUGUGAGCUGUCCAGGGCGGGCACCUCUGUGCGCUGGCUGAAGGACGGAAAGGCCAUCAGAAAGAGCCAGAAGUACGACCUGCUCAGCGAAGGCACGCGGGCUGUGCUGGUCGUCCGCGAGGCCUCACUCAAGGAUUCUGGAGAGUACACCUGUGAGACAGAGGCUUCCAAAAGUACCGCCAGGCUCCUUGUGGAAGAAAAGGCAAACCGUUUCACGGAGGAGCUGGCUGACCUGCAGGUGGAAGAGAAGGGCACAGCCGUGUUCGCAUGCAAGACGGAGCACCCAGCAUCUGUCGUGACAUGGCGCAAGGGCCUCCUGGAGCUGCGUGCUUCGGGGAAGUAUGUCCCCAGCCAGGAUGGCUUGACCCUGAAGCUCACCAUCAAUGCUCUGGAGAGGACAGACAGUGACACCUACACCUGUGACAUUGGUCAAGCCCGGACCCAGGCCCGGCUCCUCGUCCAUGGUCAGAAAGUGCGCAUUACUGAGGACCUGGAGGACGCUGCCGUCCAGGAGGGCUCCUUCGCCAAGUUCUGCUGCCGCAUCUCCCCUGCCGACUACAGCCCCGUGCACUGGUUCCUGGAUAAGACCCCCUUGCACAGCAACGAACUGAACGAGAUCACUGUCCAGCCUGGAGGCUACCACGUGCUCACCCUACGGCAGCUGGCGCUCAAGGACUCAGGCACUGUCUACUUCGAGGCGGGUGACCAGCGGACCUCAGCUGCCCUGCGGGUGACUGAGAAUCCGAGCGUCUUCUCUAAGCCACUCACAGAUGUCACAGUCACAGAAGGCGAGGACCUGACUCUUGUUUGUGAAACCACCUCUCUGGAAAGCUCUGUGCACUGGACCAAAGAUGGGAGGACACUGAAGCCAUCUGCACUAUGCCAACUGAGCUAUGAAGGCCGUCGGGCCCAGCUGGUCAUCACUGGCACCGCCAUACAAGAUGGUGGGCGAUACAAGUGUGAGGUUGCUGGAGCCACCAGCAGCUCCAUUGUCAGGAUUCAUGCUCGACCAGUGCACUUCAGGGAGUCCUUGAAGGAUGUGGAGGUACCAGAGGGCAGGGCCGCCACACUGCGCUGCGUGCUGUCGUCCGUGGCUGCGCCUGUGGAGUGGCGUCAUGGAGAAGACAUUCUGAAGUCCAGCAGCAAGUACAGCCUGCGCCAAGACGGUGCUGUGCUGGAGCUGGUCAUCCGAGACCUGCAGCCCCAGGACAGUGGGCAGUAUUCCUGCUCCUUUGGGGACCAGACAACUUCAGCCACACUCACAGUGAAGCCCACAUCUGCCCAGUUCAUAGGAAGACUGAGAAACAAGGAGGCCACAGAAGGGACCAUGGCCACACUACGGUGUGAGCUGACCAAAGAGGCCCCCGUGGAAUGGAGGAAGGGGACAGAGACCCUGAGGAAUGGGGACAAGUACAGCCUUAAACAGGAUGGGGCUGUGUGUGAACUGCAGAUUUGUAACCUGGUUGUGGCAGAUGCAGGGGAAUACAUGUGCGUGUGUGGACAGGAAAGGACUUCAGCCACGCUGGCUGUCAAGGCUCUGCCUGCCCACUUCAUCGGAAGACUCAGAAGCAAGGAGGCUACAGAAGGGGGCACGACCACUCUACAGUGUGAGCUGAGCAAGGCUGCCCCUGUGGAGUGGAGGAAGGGAAUGUAGACCCUGAGAGAUGGGGACAGAUACAGCCUGAAGCAGGAUGGGGCUGUGUGUGAGCUGCAGAUCCGCAGCCUGGCUGUGGAAGAUUCUGGGGAGUACUUGUGCAUAUGUGGGCAGGAGAAGACUUCAGCCACACUGACCAUCAGGGCCCUUCCAGCUAAGUUCACAGACGGCCUGAAGAACGAAGAAGCUACAGAAGGAGCCACGGCUACCCUGAGGUGUGAACUGAGCAAGGCAGCUUCUGUGGUAUGGAAGAAAGGAACGAAGACCUUGCAAGAUGGAGACAGAUACAGCCUGAGUCAGGAUGGAGCUGUGUGUAGGCUGCAGAUCCGCAGCCUGACCAUAGCUGAUGCCGGGGAGUACUCAUGUGUGUGUGCACAGGAGAAGACCUCAGCCAUGCUGGCCGUCAGGGGCCUGCCUGCCAAGUUUAUAGAAGACUUGAAAAGCCAAGAAGCCACAGAAGGGGCAACAGCAACCUUAAGAUGUGAGCUGAGCAAGGCUGCCCCUGUGCAGUGGAGGAAGGGGUCUGAGACCCUGAGGGAUGGAGACAGAUACAGCCUGAGACAGGAUGGAACUGUGUGUGAGCUGCAGAUCUGUGGCCUGGCCCUGGAGGACGCUGGGGAGUACUCGUGUGUGUGCGGGCAGGAGAAGACCUCUACCACACUGCAUAUUAGUGCCAUGCCCGCCAAGUUCACAGAGUGUCUGAGGAAUGAAGAGGCCACAGAAGGGACCAUGGCCAUACUGAGGUGCCAGAUGAGCAAGGCUACUCCAGUGGAAUGGAGGAAGGGAGAAAAGACUCUCAAAGAUGGAGACAGAUUCACCCUAAGGCAGGAAGGGGCCACGUGUGAGCUGCAGAUCUGUGGCCUGGCUGUGGAAGAUGCUGGGGAGUACUCGUGCGUGUGUGGGCAGGAGAGGACCUCAGCCACACUGAAUGUCAAGGCCCUGCCUGCCAGAUUCAUAGAAGACCUGAGAAGCCAAGAGGCCACAGAAGGCACCACAGUGACACUUAGGUGCCGGAUGAGCAAGGCUGCCCCUGUGGAGUGGAGGAAGGGGUCUGAGAGCCUGAGAGAUGGGGAGAGAUACAGCCUGAGGCAGGAUGGGGCCACGUGUGAGCUGCAGAUCCAUGGCCUGGCUGUGGAAGAUGCUGGGGAGUACUCGUGCGUGUGUGGGCAGGAGAAGACCUCAGCCACACUGAGUGUCAAGGCCCUGCCCACCAGAUUCAUAGAAGACCUGAGAAGCCAAGAGGCCACAGAAGGCACCACGGUGACUCUCAGGUGCCAGAUGAGCAAGGCUGCCCCUGUGGAGUGGAGGAAGGGUUCUGAGAUCCUGAGAGAUGGGGAGAGAUACAGCCUGAGGCAGGCUGGGGCCACGUGUGAGCUGCAGAUCCGUGGCCUGGCUAUGGAAGAUGCUGGGGAGUACUCGUGCUUGUGUGGGCAGGAGAGGACCUCAGCCAUGCUGACUGUAGAUGCCCUACCUACCACGUUCACAGAGGGCCUGAAGAAUGAAGAAGCCACAGAAGGGACCGUGGUGACUUUGAGGUGCCGGAUGAGCAAGGCCACCCCUGUGGAGUGGAGGAAGGGGUCUGAGAGCCUGAGAGAUGGGGAGAGAUACAGCCUGAGGCAGGAUGGGGCCACGUGUGAGCUGCAGAUCCGUGGCCUGGCUGUGGAAGAUGCUGGGGAGUACUCGUGCGUGUGUGGGCAGGAGAGGACCUCAGCCACACUGAGUGUCAAGGCCCUGCCCGCCAGAUUCAUAGACGACCUGAGAAGCCAAGAGGCCACAGAAGGCACCACGGUGACUCUGAGAUGCCAGAUGAGCAAGGCUGCUCCUGUGGAGUGGAGGAAGGGGUCUGGGAUCCUGAGAGAUGGGGACAGAUACAGCCUGAGGCAGGAUGGGGCCACGUGUGAGCUGCAGAUCCGUGGCCUGGCUGUGGAAGAUGCUGGGGAGUACUCGUGCGUGUGUGGGCAGGAGAGGACCUCAGCCACACUGAGUGUCAAGGCCCCACAGGUGGUGUUCCAGAAACCACUGCCGAACCUGAAAGUAGAGGAAGGUUCCACGGCCAGCCUGCAGUGUGAGCUGUCAAUCCCCAACGCUGCUGUGGUCUGGAGCAAGGGUGGCCUGGAGCUGCAGGCCGAUGAGCGCCGAGAGUCACGGCAGCGGGGGUGUGUGGCGGAGCUGCUGCUUAGGGAUGUACGCCGUGAGGAUGCGGGCGAGUACAGCUGUACCUGUGGUUCUCAGAGCACAGGUGCCACGCUCAUGGUCACAGCUGCUCCUGUGCGGUUCCUCAGGGAGCUGCAGGCCCAGGAGGUGGAUGAGGGGACCAGUGCACACCUGCAGUGUGAGCUGAGCCUGGAGGCCGUGAGUGUGGAGUGGCGCAAGGGCUCCCUGCAGCUUUUCCCUUGUGCCAAGUAUCAGAUGGUGCAAGAGGGCACCGCUGCCACACUGCUGGUCCGUGAGGUGGAGCAGGAGGAUGCAGGCGAAUACAUCUGUGAUGCAGGCCACACGCAGAGCGUUGCAAGGCUCUCAGUCCGAGCCCCCAAGCCCAAGUUCAAGGCUGGCCUGCAGAACACACAGCAGGAAGCAGGGGGCGUGGCCCGGCUGUGUUGUCGGCUGAGCGAGACUGAGCCGGGAGCUCCAGUGCAGUGGCUCAAGGAGGGUGUGGAGCUGCAUGCCAGCCCCAAGUAUGAGAUGCGGUGCCAGGGGGCUGUGUGCGAGCUGCUGAUCCACGAGCUGGAGACUAAGGACACGGGAGAGUAUGCCUGCGUGGUGGGUGGCCAGAAAACCCUGGCCUCUCUCAGAGUCAAAGAGCCUGAGGUGACCAUUGUGCGGGGGCUGGUUAACAUGGAGGCACAGGCUGAUGAGGAUGUGGAGUUUACUUGUGAGGUGUCGCAGGCAGGAGCUGCGGAUGUGCAGUGGCAUCUCCAAGGUCUGCCGCUGCAGAGCAAUGAAGUGACAGAGGUGGCGGUUCUUGGAGAUGGCCGUACCCACGUGCUCCGACUGAAAGCUGUGACACCGGAGGAUGCUGGCACCGUCUCCUUCCACGUGGGCAGCCAUUCAUCUUCUGCUCAGCUCACAGUCCGAGUCCCCGAGGUGACCGUUCUGGAGCCCCUGAAAGAUGUGCAGCUCAGCGAGGGCCAGGAUGCCCACUUCCAGUGCCGGCUGUCCAGGGCCUCGGGCCAGGAGGCCCGCUGGGCUUUGGGAGGGGUUCCCUUGCAGUCCAACGAAAUGAAUGACAUCACUGUAGAGCAGGGCACGCUCCACCUGCUCACUCUGCAUAAGGUGACCCUAGAGGAUACUGGAACCAUCACUCUCCAAGUGGGCUCAUGCUCCUCAGAAGCCCAGCUGAAGGUCACAGCUAAGAACACAGUGGUGCGUGGCCUGGAGAAUGUGGAUGCGCUGGAGGGCGGCGAAGCCCUCUUUGAAUGCCAGCUGUCCCAGCCCGAGGUGGCCGCCCACACCUGGCUGUUAGAUGAUGAGCCUGUCCACACCUCGGAAAACACAGAGGUGGUCUACUUUGAGAAUGGCCUGCGGCACCUGCUGUUGCUCAAAAACCUGAAGCCACAGGACAGCUGCCGAGUGACUUUCCUGGCGGGGGACGUGGUCACAUCUGCAUUCCUCACCGUGAGAGGCUGGCGUUUGGAGGUCCUGGAGCCCCCACAGGAUGCAUCUGUGAGAGCUGGCAUGCAGGCCUCCUUCACGUGCACGCUCAGUGAGGCGGUGCCUGUGGGCGAGGCCACGUGGUACAUCAACGGGGCUGCCGUCCAACCCGACGACACCGACUGGACGGUCACCGCAGAUGGCAGCCACCAUGCCUUGAUGCUGAGCAACGCCCAACCCCAACACGCAGGAGAGGUCACAUUUGCAGCACGUGAUGCCGUGGCCUCUGCACGCCUCUCUGUGUUGGCGCUCCCUGACCCCCCUGAAGAUGCUGAGGUGGUGGGCCGUAGUGGCCAUUCUGUGACCCUGUCCUGGGUGGCUCCCAUGAGCGAUGGUGGCGGUGGUCUGUGUGGUUAUCGUGUGGAGAUGAAGGAGGCGUCCACAGGCCAGUGGAAGCUGUGCCAUGAGCUGGUGCCUGGGCCAGAGUGUGUGGUGGAUGGCCUGGUCCCCGGCGAGACCUACCGCUUCCGAGUGGCAGCUGUAGGUCCUGCAGGUGCUGGGGAACCUGUACAUUUGCCCCAGAUGGUCAAGCUAGCAGAGCCAACGGAACCAGCCCCAACCCCAGCCCCAACCUCAGCCCAAGUCCCAGCUCCAACUCCGGCCCCAACCCCAACCUCAGCCCCAACCCCAACCCCAGCCUCAGCCCCAGAGACACGUCAGGCAGUGGUUGGUGAGGACGUGUGUCUGGAGUUGGAAGUUGCGGCUGAGGCUGGUGAGGUCAUCUGGCACAAGGGAACAGAGCGCAUCCAGCCCAGUGGACACUUUGAGGUCCUCUCUCAGGGACGGCGGCAGAUGCUAGUGAUCAAGGGGUUUAGGACAGAAGACCAAGGGGAGUACCGCUGUUGUCCCACCCGGGGCCCGCCCUCCUCAGGGACAGCCACUUUUAAUGUGGUCACGACCUCUGGGGAUGAGGUCCCCACACAGCCCAGCCUGCCCCCCGAGGCAGCCCAAGAGGGUGACCUGCAUCUGCUUUGGGAGGCCCUUGCCCGGAAGCGCCGCAUGAGUCGGGAGCCCACACUGGACUCCAUCAGUGAACUGCCCGAGGAGGACGGCCGCGUGCAGCAUCCGCGGCAGGAGGCGGAAGAGACGGCCCCUGAUCUCUCUGAGGGCUACUCCACAGCUGACGAGCUAGCACGCACAGGAGAGGCUGAUCUCUCACACACCAGCUCUGACGAUGAGUCCCGGGCUGGCACCCCUUCCCUAGUUACCUACCUCAAGAAGGCUGGGGGUCCUGGGAUCUCACCCCUGGCCAGCAAGCAUGGGGCCCAGGUCGCCACCUCCAUGAAGCCACAAAAGCAGCAGGAGCAAGGAGUGCCUGUGGACUCACUGCCUGGAGACUUGAGUGCAGCCGACUUGAAGGAUCCAUCCCUGGACAAGGCAGCUGUGAAGAUCCAGGCUGCCUUUAAGGGCUACAAAGUACGGAAGGAGAUGAAGCAGCAGGAAGGGCCUGUGUUCUCCCGGACAUUUGGGGACACAGAGGCACAGACUGGGGACGUGCUGCGCCUGGAGUGUGUGGUGGCCAGCAAGGCUGAUAUGCGGGCCUGCUGGCUGAAGGACGGCGUAGAGUUGACGGACGGACGGCACUACCACAUAGACCAGCUCAAGGAUGGCACCUGCUCUCUGCUGGUCACUGGCCUGGGCCCCACCGACACUGGCCGGUACACCUGUCAGGUGAGCACCAAGUUCGGCUGCGUGAGCCACAGUGCCUGCGUGGUGGUCAGUGGGACAGAGAGUGAGGCCGAGAGCUCCUCAGGAGGCGAGCUGGACGACGCCUUCCGGCGGGCAGCACGGCGCCUGCACCGGCUCUUCCGCACCAAGAGCCCAGCUGAGCUUUCAGAGGAGGAACUCUUUGUCAGUGCUGAUGAAGGCCCCGCCGAAUCAGAGGAGCCCGCAGACUGGCAGACAUACCGAGAGGAUGAAAACUUUGUGUGCAUUCGUUUUGAGGUACUUGAAGAGGCCCGCCGGGCAGUCACCUGCUUCCAAGACAUGUUUGCCACCAUGGGCAUCCAGGUGGAGAUCAGCCUGGGAGAGCAGGGACCCCGGGGAGUGGAGAUGCUCAUUGGCAAGGUGGCGCCCAAUGUCACCCCUGCGGUGCCGCUAGCCAAGACACCUGGCCUUCAGACUUCAGAUGCUGCCCCAGUGUUCCUGACCGAGCUGCAGAACCAAGAAGUGCAGGAUGGAUACCCUGUAAGCUUUGACUGCGUGGUAACAGGCCAGCCUGUGCCCAGCGUGCGCUGGUUCAAGGACGGGAAGCUGCUGGAGGAGGACGACCAUUACAUGAUCAACGAGGACCAACAGGGUGGUCACCAGCUCAUCAUCAUGGCUGUGGUGCCAGCAGACAUGGGUGUCUACCGCUGCCUGGCAGAGAACAGCGUGGGAGUCUCCUCCACCAAGGCUGAGCUUCGUGUAGAGCUGACCAGCACAGACUAUGACACCGCAGCAGAUGCUACUGAGACCUCAUCGUACUUCAGCGCCCAGGGAUACCUGUCCAGCCGGGAGCAAGAGGGGACCGAGUCUGAUGAGGGGCAGCUUCCCCAGGUGUUGGAGGAGCUGAAAGACCUCCAGGUGGCCCCUGGCACACGCUUGGCCAAAUUCCAGCUCAAGGUGAAAGGCUAUCCAGCCCCCAAACUGUACUGGUUCAAAGAUGGCCAGCCUCUGACCACAUCUGCCCACAUCCGCAUGACUGACAAAAAGACCCUGCAUACCCUGGAGAUUGUCUCGGUCACCCUGGAGGACAGAGGCCAGUAUGCAGUCUACAUCAGCAAUGCCGUAGGUGCGGCCUAUUCAUCGGCCUGGCUGCAAGUCCGAGGUCCCAGUGAACCAGAAGAGAAGCCAGCAUCAGAUGUGCACGAGCGGCUGGUGCCACCCCGGAUCCUGGAAAAGUUCACCCCCAAGAAAGUGAAGAGGGGCUCCAGCAUCACCUUUUCAGUGAAGGUGGAAGGACACCCAGCCCCCACUGUGCAUUGGCUCAAGGAGGAGGCAGAGAAGGGAGUGCUGUGGAUUGGCCCCGAAACCCCUGGCUACACCAUGGCCAGCUCUGCCAAGCAGCAUAGCCUGGUCUUGCUGGACGUGGGCCGAAAGCACCAGGGCACCUACACGUGCAUUGCUACCAACGCUGCCGGCCAGGCGCUCUGCUCUGCCAGCCUGCACGUCUCUGGCUUGGCCAAGGAGGAAGAUCAGGAGAGAGUAAAAGAGGCCCUCAUUUCUUCCUUCUUGCAAGGGACAAGCCAAACUAUCUCAGCCCAGAUGGCGGAAUCUGCAGGUUUUGCUGAUCUCGCCGGGCAAAGGAAAGGGGAGUCCCUGGUGGCUGACGAGGCCCACGGUCACCUGUCCCUUGCUGAGGUGGGCACAGAAGAGUUCCUGCAGAAGCUCACCUCACAGAUCACCGAGAUGGUAUCGGCCAAGAUUUCACAGGCCAAGCUCCAGGUGCCUGGCGGUGACAGUGAUGAGGAGUCUAAGACGCCAUCUGCCUCUCCUCGGCACGGCCGGUCUCGUCCUUCCUCCAGUGUUCAGGAGUCAUCCUCAGAGUCAGAGGAUGGGGACUCGCGUGGUGAGAUCUUUGACAUCUACGUGGUCACAGCUGACUACCUGCCCCUGGGGGCGGAGCAGGAUGCCAUCAUUCUGAGAGAAGGCCAGUAUGUGGAGGUCCUUGAUUCGGCCCAUCCUCUGCGCUGGCUUGUACGCACCAAGCCCACCAAAUCCAGUCCUUCUAGGCAGGGCUGGGUGUCGCCUGCCUACCUGGACAAGAGACUCAAGCUGUCUCCUGAGUGGGGGCCCACUGAGGCCCCCGAGUUCCCCGGGGAGGCCGUGUCUGAGGAUGAGUACAGAGCGAGACUGAGCUCUGUCAUCCAGGAGUUGCUGAACUCAGAGCAGGCUUUUGUGGGCGAGCUGCAGUUCCUGGAGAGCCACCACAUGAAGCACCUGGACCUAUCUCCCCGCGUGCCUACAGCGGUGGCCAGCCAGAAGACAGUCAUCUUUCGUAAUGUGCAGGACAUCAGCCGUUUCCACGGCAGCUUCUUGAAGGAGCUGCAGUCCUGUGACACCGACGAUGACGUGGCCAUGUGCUUCAUCAAGAACCAGGAGGCCUUUGAGAAGUACCUCGAGUUCCUGGUGGGCCGCGUGCAAGCUGAGUCCGUGGUUGUCAGCACCCCGGUCCAGGAGUUCUACAAGAAAUAUGCAGAAGAGACACUGUCAGCCAAGGACCCCACACAGCCACCGCCGCCUCCACUUCAGCACUACCUGGAGCAGCCAGUGGAGCGGGUGCAGAAAUACCAAGCCUUGCUGAAGGAACUAAUCCGCAACAAGGCCCGCAACCGGCAGAACUGCGCGCUGCUGGAGCAGGCCUAUGCUGUGGUGUCUGCCCUGCCACAGCGCGCCGAGAACAAACUGCAUGUGUCGCUCAUGGAGAACUAUCCUGGAACUCUGGAGGCCCUGGGAGAACCUAUCCGCCAGGGCCACUUCAUAGUAUGGGAGGGGGCACCAGGCGCCCGGAUGCCUUGGAAGGGCCACAACCGGCAUGUCUUCCUCUUCCGAAACCACCUGGUAAUAUGUAAGCCCCGGAGAGACUCUCGAACCGACACCUUCAGCUACGUGUUCCGGAACAUGAUGAAGCUGAGUAGCAUCGACCUGAAUGACCAGGUAGAGGGGGAUGACCGUGCCUUUGAGGUGUGGCAUGAGCGGGAGGACUCUGUGCGCAAAUACCUGCUCCAGGCCCGGACCGUCAUCAUCAAAAAUUCAUGGGUGAAGGAGAUCUGUGGCAUCCAGCAACGCCUGGCCCAGCCUGUAUGGCGUCCCCCUGAUUUUGAAGAGGAAUUGGCUGAUUGCACUGCUGAGCUGGGCGAAACAGUCAAGCUGGCAUGCCGAGUGACUGGCACCCCUAAGCCUGUUGUCAGCUGGUACAAAGAUGGGAAGCCGGUGGAGGUAGACCCACACCACAUCCUCAUUGAAGAUCCUGAUGGCUCCUGUACCCUCAUCUUGGACAACCUGACCGGUGUAGACUCUGGCCAGUACAUGUGUUUCGCAGCCAGUGCGGCUGGCAAUGCCAGCACCUUGGGGAAGAUUCUAGUACAAGUGCCCCCACGAUUUGUGAACAAGGUCCGGGCCACACCCUUUGUGGAGGGGGAAGAUGCACAGAUCACCUGCACUGUGGAAGGUGCCCCGUAUCCUCAGAUCAGGUGGUACAAGGAUGGUGCCCUGCUAACCCUGGGCAACAAGUACCGGAUGCUGAAUGAGCCCCGCAGUGGCGUGCUGGUGCUGGUGAUCCGGGCAGCCAGCAAGGAGGACUUGGGACACUAUGAGUGUGAGCUGGUGAACCGGUUGGGCUCAACACGUGGUGGGGGAGAACUGUACAUGCAGAGCCCUGCGCUGCGUGCCCGGGACCAGCAUCAUCGGGAACAGCUUGUGGCUGCUGUGGAAGGGGCCCCAUCCAUGCAGGUCACUAUUGAGGAUGUACAGGUAGAAGCUGGUGAUGUGGCACAGUUUGAUGCUGUCAUUGAAGGCAACCCACCUCCCACAGUGACCUGGUACAAGGACAGCAACCAGCUGAUGAACAGCGACAGGCUGAGCCAGCGGCAGGAUGGAACUAAGUAUUCCUUGGUGUUGACUGACGUGGCUCCAAACGACGCUGGUGUCUACACGUGCCUUGCCCAUAAUGCAGGAGGACAGGUGCUCUGCAAGGCGGAGCUGCUGGUCCAUGGUGGGGACAAGCUAGACUCAGAAAAGCAAGUGUAUCGGCGAAAGCUGCAUUCCUUCUAUGAAGUCCAAGAAGAGAUUGGGAGGGGUGUGUUUGGUUUCGUGAAAAGGGUUCAGCACAAAGGGAACAAAAUGUUCUGUGCUGCCAAGUUCAUCCCCCUGCGGAGCAAAACUCGGGCCCAGGCGUACCAGGAACGAGAUAUCUUGGCUACGCUCAACCACCCGCUGGUCACUGGGCUCCUGGACCAAUUUGAGACCCGGAAGACUCUCAUCCUUAUCUUGGAGCUGUGCUCAUCCGAGGAGCUGCUAGAUCGCCUCUUCAAGAAGGGUGUGGUGACUGAGGCCGAGGUCAAGGUCUAUAUCCAGCAGCUGGUGGAAGGCCUGCACUAUUUGCACAGCCACGGGAUCCUUCACCUGGAUAUAAAGCCCCCCAACAUCUUGAUGGUGCACCCAGCCCGGGAAGACAUUAAGAUCUGUGACUUUGGCUUUGCCCAAAGAGUCACCCCUUCAGAGCCACAGUACAGCAAGUACGGUUCACCUGAGUUCGUGUCCCCAGAGAUCAUCGAGCAGAGUCCUGUGAGCGAGGGCUCAGACAUCUGGGCCAUGGGUGUCAUCUCCUACCUCAGCCUGACCUGCUCAUCCCCUUUUGCUGGAGAGAGUGACCGUGCCACCCUGCUGAACGUUUUGGAGGGGCGGGUCUCUUGGAGCAGUCCCAUGGCUGCCCAUCUGAGUGAGGAUGCCAAGGACUUCAUCAAGGCCACACUGCAGAAGACCCCCAGGGCCCGGCCUAACACUUCCCAGUGCCUCGCCCACCCCUGGUUCCAGAAAUCCAUGCCUGCUGAGGAGGCCCACUUCAUCAACACCAAGCAACUCAAGUUCCUUCUCGCUCGAAGUCGCUGGCAGCGCUCCUUGAUGAGCUACAAGUCUAUCUUGGUGAUGCGCUCCAUCCCUGAGCUGCUCCAGGGUCCUCCAGACAGUCCAUCCCUAGGGGUGGCCCGGCACCUGCGAGGGGAAGCCAGUGGCUCCUCUAGCUCAUCGUCUUCCUCAGACAACGAGCUGGCCCCCUUUGCCAGGGCCAAGUCACUGCCGCCUUCCCCUGUGACUCACUCCCCGCUACUGCAUCCUCGGGGCUUUCUGCGGCCUUCAGCGAGCCUCCCAGAGGAGACAGAAGCCAGCAUGCCUCCUGCUGACGCAGCCCUGUCAGCAUCCCCCCAGGGUGCUGGACCUCCAGCAAGCCCAGGUUGUGUGCCCCGACACACUGUCAUCAGCAGCUUGUUCUACCAGCAAGGUGGCGAGAGUUCCGAGCGUGGGAGCAAAACCUUGGGUGCCAAGAGGCACCCGGCUCGGAGGCGGCACCUGCUGAAGGGCGGGUACAUCGCAAGGGCCCUCCCUGGUCUUCGGGAACCACUGAUGGAGCACAGUGUGUUGGAGGAGGAGGCUGCUAGGGAGGAGCAGGCCGCUCUGAUGACCAAGACGCCCUCCUUUGAGACUGCCCUGAGACUACCUAACUCCAGUACCCGAGAGGUCCCAGGCCGAAGCCGCUCCCUGGACCACAACCCACCAGACACCACUGGCCCCUCUCCUGAGGAAUGUGGGGGGCAUUACCUCUUCCCACCCUCCUCAGGGGUGACUCAUGAAGCCACUGCCAAAGACAUGGGACACUCAAAGGGGUUCUUGAAGGGGUCUGCCCCCUGUUCACCUGCUAGUGGUGAUUUGAGGCCUGCUAAGCAAGAGGGUUCUUCCCAGGACAGCUGUAGAGGGAAACCACCCUCUUCCUGUCACUCUGACCUGGGUUCUGGCUCCCAGGAGGGGUGCGGCUCUCCAUCAUCACAAUCGCUUGGCUCUUUACCUCCACAGUCAUUGAAGAAGGACCUCUUGACACCCUCCCUCUCAGGACAGACUCAGGACAGCUCUCUACAGGGAAGGCCCUGUCCGGGUCCCUCCAGUUUCCCAGAGCCAGGCUCCCAAGUGGGUGCCUCCCUAGAUACUGAAGGCUUGUCUGAAGCUGAAGACACAUUUGACCUCACACCUCCCCUGCAGCGGCCUCAGGAGCAGGCCACUACCCGGAAGUUCUCCCUGGAAUCCCGUGGGGGCUAUGCAGGGGUGGCAGGCUAUGGCACCUUCGCCUUUGGCGGGGAUGCAGGGGGCAUGCUAGGGCAGGGUCCUCUUUGGGCUAGGAUGGCCUGGGCUGUGUCUCAGUCCUCAGAAGAGCAGGAUGAAGCUGGGACCGAGAGCCCUAAACCUCUAGACAGCUCCGUGCCCAUUGCUGAGGCCAGUGGGGUUCCCCUAAAGACUUCUCCAAGCUUCCCCCCAUGGCAGGAAGUUGAGCAGGUUUCCCUGGUUCAGAUCCGGGAUCUGUCUGGUGAUGCGGAAGCAGCUGACACUAUCUCCUUAGACAUUUCCGAGGUAGAUCCUGCCUACCUCAACCUUUCUGAUCUAUAUGACAUCAAAUAUCUCCCCUUUGAGUUCAUGAUCUUCAGGAGGGUCCCCAAACCUGUAGAGCAGCCAGAGUCACCUGACUCUGAAACUGAGGCCGGCCAAGGGCUGGCAGACUUCCUAGAGGAGGCGGCGUGGCCCUGGCCAGGAGAGCUGGGCUCGCAUACUGGCUUGGAAAUCACAGAGGAGUCAGAGGAGCCAGAGGACCUGGAAGCACUGCUGGGAGAAGCUGCCCUGGGCAGAAAACGCAAGUGGUCCCCUUCCCGUGGCCUCUUCCAGUUCUCUGGGAGGUGCCUGUCAGGGGAGGAGCCUGUGGAGCUCGGGCUGCGCCAGAGGGUGAAGGCUUCCAUGGCUCACAUCUCCAGGAUCCUGAAGGGCAAGCCGGAAGGUCCUGAGAAGGAGGAGCCCCCCAGGAAGAAGGCGGGCCUGGCUUCUUUCCGGCUGUCAGGCCUGAAGGGCAGGGACCAAGCGCCAUCCUUCCUAAGUGAGCUUUCAGAUGAGACUGUGGUCCUGGGCCAAUCAGUGACACUGGCCUGCCAGGUGUUGGCCCAGCCAACGGCCCAGGCUACCUGGAGCAAAGAUGGGGCCCUCCUGGAGAGCAGUGGCCACCUCCUCAUCUCGUCCACCCUGAAGAACUUCCAGCUGUUAACCAUCCUGGUGGUGGAAGAGGAGGAUCUGGGUACAUACACCUGCUGUGUGAGCAAUCCGCUGGGGACAGCCGUCACUACAGGUGUCCUCCGGAAAGCAGAGCGCCCCUCGUCCUCUCCACGCCCAGAGGUGGGGGAAGUGUACACGGACGCAGUGCUGCUGGUCUGGAAGCCCGUGGAAUCCUGCGGCCCAGUGACCUACAUAGUGCAGUGCUGUAUAGAAGGAGGCAGCUGGACCACCCUGGCCUCUGACAUCUCCGAUUGUUGCUACGUCACCAGCAAGCUGUCUCGGGGUGGCAUGUAUACCUUCCGAACAGCGUGUGUCAGCAAAGCAGGAAUGGGCCCCUACAGCAGCCCUUCAGAUCAAGUCCUCCUGGGAGGGCUCAACCACCUGGCCUCUGAGGAGGAGAGUGGCCGGGGGAGGCCAGCCCAGCUGCUCCCCAGCACAAAGACCUUCGCCUUCCAGAUGCAGAUUCGGAGGGGCCGCUUCAGUGUGGUACGGCAGUGUAGGGAAAAAGCCAGUGGGCGGGCGCUGGCUGCUAAGAUUGUCCCUUACCGGCCUGAGGACAAGACAGCUGUGCUAAGAGAAUAUGAAGCACUCAAGAGACUGCAUCACCCACAUCUGGCCCAACUCCACGCCGCCUACCUCAGUCCCCGGCACCUGGUACUCAUCCUGGAGCUGUGCUCUGGCCCUGAGCUGCUACCCUGCCUGGCAGAGAGGGACUCCUACUCAGAGUCUGAUGUGAAGGACUACCUGUGGCAGAUGCUAAGCGCCACCCAGUACCUGCAUGCCCAACGCAUCCUGCACCUGGACCUGAGGUCUGAGAACAUGAUGGUCACUGAGUACAACCUGCUUAAGGUGGUGGACCUGGGCAACGCUCAGAGCCUCGGUCAAGAGAAGGUCCCACCCCCUGAGAACUUCAAAGACUACCUGGAGACCAUGGCUCCGGAACUCCUGGAAGGCCAAGGGGCUGUUCCACAGACAGAUAUCUGGGCCAUUGGUGUAACAGCCUUCAUUAUGCUGAGUGGCGAGUACCCCGUCAGUAGUGAGGGGACUCGCGACCUGCAGAAAGGCUUGCGCAAGGGACUCAUCCGGUUGAGUCGCUGCUAUGCAGGGCUGUCUGGAGGUGCCGUGGCUUUCCUGCAGAGCUCACUGUGCGCUCGACCCUGGGGCCGCCCAUGUGCCACCACCUGCUUGCAGUGCGGGUGGCUGACAGAGGAGGGUCCCGCCGGUUCCAGACCCACGCCCGUGACAUUCCCCACCGCGCGAUUGCGCGCCUUCGUGCGCGAGCGCGAGAAGCGACGGGCACUACUCUACAAGAAGCAUAACCUGGCCCAGGUACGCUGAGGUCCUGCUCUGCUGGGCAAGAUGUGCCUCGCCACACGGGGACACCUGCGCCAAUAAAAGAUGCA